GUAAAUGCGGCUUGUUUUCUAUUCAUUAAGGCGUGGAAAGAAAAAAAAAAAAAUUAAACAAGAGAGGAGAGAGAGAAAAAGUGAGCGUUUUCUCGCAUGGCCGCCCACUGUAGCUGAGACCUGAGCUUCUCCUUCUCCUCGUUUUCCUCCAUUUUUAUUUUUAUUUGUUAUUUCCACGCGGAGAGCGACUACAGCUUCCUCGUUUUCCUGCUAGUGAGUUAGGGUUUUAUCAUCCAGGUAAAACGGUAGGAUAAGAGGAUGAUGAGCUGGAGAAGGGUUUUGAAGUCUGUGCAGGCCCUGGCUGCUCAUAGUCUUCUUUUCUUGUUCACCCUCUUGCUCGUUUUCAAGCUCGAUCACGUCGUCUCCUACUCUUGGUGGUUGAUUUUCUUUCCUCUCUGGUUGUUUCAUGGAGUUAUUGCUCGAGGAAGAUUUUCAUUACCUGCUCCAUCAGUUCCACAUAAUCGUCAUUGGGCACCAUGUCACGCAGUCGUAGCAACACCAUUGCUCAUUGCAUUUGAACUGCUUCUUUGUAUUUAUCUUGAGAGUAUUUACGUGCAUGGUGUCGCAGCUGUAAACUUGAAGAUUGUCUUUAUUCCAUUGUUGGCAUUUGAAAUAAUUAUUCUAAUUGACAAUUUCAGAAUGUGUAGAGCUCUAAUGCCAGGAGACGAAGAAAGCAUGAGCGAUGAAGCAAUAUGGGAGACAUUACCUCACUUCUGGGUUGCAAUUUCCAUGGUCUUCUUUGUAGCUGCUACAGUCUUCGCCCUUCUAAAGCUAUGUGGUGAUGUAGGUGCCCUAGGCUGGUGGGACUUGUUCAUAAAUUUUGGUAUUGCAGAGUGCUUUGCUUUUCUUGUUUGUACAAAAUGGUCAAAUCCAGUGAUUCAUCGAAAUUCCCAAACAAGAGAAGUUAGUUCAUCUUCUGCAACCAUUAGGUAUCUUGACUGGAACAGUGGCUUAGUAGUUUCCCCGGAGGAGAAUCAACUUCAGGAUAGAAUGUGUGGACUUCAGGACAUUGGUGGCCAUGUCAUGAAAAUUCCAUUAAUUGGUUUUCAAGUUCUCCUUUGUAUGCGUUUAGAGGGAACACCUGCCGGUGCUAGAAAUAUCCCACUUCCCAUUCUUUUCUCUCCCCUUUUUCUACUUCAAGGUGCUGGUGUGCUAUUUGCUGCAUCCAAGGUUGUGGAGAAGCUUGUUCUUUUACUAAGAAGUGAAGCUGGCACUAGUACAUAUUUUAGAUUUUCUGCAAGCGCUCAUGACUGCUUGGGAUUCUUGCACCAUGGUUCUAGGUUACUGGGCUGGUGGUCAAUUGAUGAAGGAAGUCGAGAGGAGCAGGCCCGACUUUACCACGAGGGAGUUUCUGGCUAUAACACUUUCUGUGGUUAUCCUCCUGAGAUUGUGAAGAAAAUGCCUAAAAAGGAUCUCGCUGAGGAGGUCUGGAGGCUUCAAGCUGCCCUUGGUGAACAGACAGAAAUCACCAAGUAUACCCAGCAGGAGUUUGAAAGACUGCAAAAUGAAAAAGUAUUAUGUAGGGUGUGCUUUGAGGGAGAGAUCAGCGUUGUUCUACUUCCUUGUAGACAUCGCAUCCUUUGCAGUGUCUGCUGUGACAAGUGCAAGAAGUGUCCAAUUUGUCGGAUCGCUAUUGAGGACCGCAUGCCUGUUUAUGAUGUUUAGGUUCUAACUUGUCCAGCUAUUUUCUAUUAUGGAUAAGCUUACCAUAGACGAGGCAAAAAUAACUUUUUAACAGGGAAAAUCUCUUUUUUUUGUGGUUCACUGGAACUUCUAACGACAAGGCAAGAGUGUGUUCAAAUUAACAUGAGAAAUCUAAUAUUAGGGUAUACAGAGAACACGGUUGCUAUAAUUUUAUAUCAACACCUCUUUCUAGUGUUAUAUAAAAAUGUAAAUAUUUCGGACUAUGAUAAGUGUAAUUUUCUGUGCCUAAGCUUUUGGCUGCUGCAGUGAGUAAUAGAAAUAUAAGAGCUGUAUAUUAUGCUAAAUGUAUAGAAAUGAUUGUUGAAUUUGAGGUGCAUACAUUUUGAGGA